UCUUAAAACCCCCAUAUUGUUUUAGCUAAGUAUUGAUCCCAUAAAGAUAAAGUGUAACCGUUGGUCUCUGUGGAUUCGAUCCUAAAGUGCUACAUCGACAUACCAUUCGAUUGUGGUAGUGUGCACAUUAGGUUAUUUGGUGUGCGUAUACACGUAAUAUCAGACACAUUAUAGUGGGAGGAAAUGGGUAUUCCCUAACCUAUUAAGUUAGGUAUAAUAAUUACAAAAUCUUCGGAUUUUAUUGACACCGAGAUUUUAGAUCUAGUAUAAUAAACUUGGAGAAUGAGGUUUUCCAUAUUCAUAAUUUUUCAAAUCUGGCAAUUUGAGUGGAAAUAUUUGAUUGUAACUGAGGUUUUAGCCAUAGUAGACUCAACUUGGAGAAGAGGUUUUUCCAUAAUCAAUUUUUUUAAAGUAAAAGUUGAUGUUUCUGUUAUUGAAAGAAGAAUAUACAUUAGUAUAUUCUUGUUAACUCGGAGAAGAGGUUUUUCCAUAUCGGUUUGGUUAAUUUAAUCAAUUGGUUUAGGAGAUAACCAGACCAAGACGUUCGGAAUUGUAUAAUGACUGGCUAAAGACUCGUUAAUGACUUGCGGUCGACUCGACUCGUUAAUGACUCGUGGUCGACUCAACUCGCUCAUGACUCGCUGGCUCGACUCGCUAAUGACUGACUCUUGAUGCAGUGACUUGUUUUCACAGAAUUAUUGUAACAUGUGUAAAAUUAAUUUUUAUUCUUAUCUAUCUUAUAGCAGGUGCGUAAGCAUGCCGAUCAAAAUAUUUGAUUGGAGAUAUUUGUUGUAUUCAUUUGACUAUAAUAAAAAGAGGGUUUGUUAUAUUUGUACUAUGAUAUGAUAUUAAUAUGAUAAUGUGAGUAUACUAUAACAAUAUAAUAGAUGUUUUGUUUAAUAGAUGUAUAAUAAUAGAAGUAUAAUCUAAAACAUAUAAUAAGAUAGAUCUUACGGUGGAGUAAAGUGAAAGGUGGUUGAUAUUGAACUGUUUAAGGAAAUAUAAGGUUAUGGUAUGAGUAAUAAAAAAAAAAAAAAUAAUAAUGUGAUGUCCAAUUUAAAAAUCCACCUAGAAGUUGUAAUGUUUUUAUUUUAAUAAGAUAGAUAAUAUAUUUAUACUACGUAAAGAAACAUAACUCUUCAAAUUAUCAACGAGUUGAUGAAAUAGGAAAAAUAUAAAUUUCAUGUUUUCUGUUGUGAUUUCCUAAGCUAAUAAGGAGAAGAAUGGAUUGACAUAAACCGUCUGGUACUAGGAAAAAAAAACUGAUAUAAAUAAAUUGCUAGCGAUUGGCUUUUUGCAAUCUGGGAUAAACAAAGCGACACAGAAAAGCAAUAUCAAUACAAAAGAGCUAAGAGUUUUUUGGUUAAAACAUCGAUCGAUCUCUAUUAUUAGCUAGGUUUGCUCGUGAGAAAAGAUCUCAAACAUGCCUAACAAAGCUGCAACUUGUCAAGAAAUUAAAGAAAAAGUUUGUGAAGACAGGAUUAGUGCUUUACCUGAUGCUUUACUUGUGCAAAUAUUGUUGCUCCUUCCGAUUAAAGAAGCAGUAGCCACAUCGAUUCUAUCAAAACCAUGGCGUUGUAUCUGGACGUUGAUGCCUAAACUCGUUUGCAAAGAUACCAAGCAUACAAACAGUAAAAGCGUUUGGUGGUUUUUGGAACAGUCAUUGCAUCUUCACAAGGCACCUAUACUAGAACACCUAGAAGUUAAACUCGGUUCAAGAUGUCCUGGUGACGUAGAUGUCGGAAAACUGAUUUUAAACGCGGUUGAACGCUACGUUCGAUUGCUAGACUUCAAUCUAAAGUGGCCAGCAAAGCCUGUAAGCUUGCCUAAGACACUUUAUACUUGUAAAACGCUCAAGAAAUUGAUUCUCUCAAACAAGAUUCUCAUAGAGCUUUCUUUCGAAGCUUUCCUCCCCUCGCUUACUAAACUGGAGCUUAUCAAUGUGGUGUAUAAAGACGAGGGUUCACUCAUUAGGCUUUUAUCAAGUUGUCCUGUUCUGAAAACUUUGAUUGUGGUCCGAGAGAAGAAUGACAACGUGAUUAAGUUCACUGUGAAAGUGCCUUCUUUAAAUAGUUUAGUUUAUGUUAAUGAUAAUGAUGACGAUGGAGUAUGUGGUUGUGGUUAUGGUAGGGGCUCUUUGAUUAUAGAUUCCCCACAGUUGAAGUAUCUUUGCGUCAAUGACUUUUCUGAAGAUGGUUGCUCGAUAGAGAGUAUGAGUCCUAACCUUACCAUGGCCAGAGUAGACGUUGGUUCUCCCCCUAAUGAAAAUUUCUUGACAUAUCUUUCUUCUGUCAAGUUUCUCCAUAUGACUUGGAUCGAUGAAACGGAAGUAUUCUGUAGCUGCGUCAACUACUCUCAGCUAAUAGAGUGUAUACUACGUCCAUGUCGCGCAGAGUAUUGGGUAGAAUCAGUGAAGCUGUUGCUUGACAACUCUCCUAAUCUUAAAGUUCUUAUGAUCGAAACUAAGGACAUAGGUGAAUCCGCUGAUGUCCCUCGUUGGAGCGAUGUUCCAGCGUGUUUGUCGUCUCAGCUCGAGAUUUUGGAAUGGAAAAAAUAUGGAGGGACGAGAGACGAGAAGCAGCUAUUGGAGUAUAUCCUUGCAAGCUCCAAGUGUUUGAAGAGAGCAGGAAUCUCCAUGAGGUAUAGCAAGGACUGCAAUGAUAAAAUGAAAAAGAAGUUGAGGAAAGAGUUAAAGGCCAUGCCUAGGGCUUCAGUAUCUUCUGAGCUUUUGUUUCCUGCUAAAAUUAAAUGGAGAUCAUCAGUGGCACAACAUUGUCUUUUUGAUUUGUAAUAGUUUUACAU